GCCGGUUCUCAUUGUGACUUGUGAGUCCCGCCUAAAGAGCAGCAAAGCCGGCAUCAUGCUUCGCCUUGUUGCAUUCACUUUCUUACUUUCAACCGCUGCAGGUUCGUCCUGCUUUGAGUCUGAUCCAUCCUGUGCCGCCAAAGGACAUGAGCUUUUGCAGAGACAGAAGGAGGUGUUGAAGAUGGAUGUGGAUGUUGAGACCAACCUGAUGACUUUUGAAGAGUUUGAAGCCAGGGUGAAGGAUUCAUACGCCACAGGCCAGAAAAGGUUGUCGAGGGCCAAGUUGUUAGUGGAGAAGGAUUUCAAGAGCUUCCACCAGUCUGCUUACCGUGUCUUUGUGAAAGAUGAGAGCUGCAAGGAAAAUGUGGCCAACGCCAUCCAUCAGUUUGCCAAGAGAACUGGCCUCAAUGAUGAGCUGAACAGUAGUGAGCUGGCAGCCCUGUCGGCCCGUGUCAUGGAAGAGAUGGAGAUCUUCUGCAAGCACGACCACAUCGAGAACAUCACGGAUCAGCAUCUGCAGGCUGAGGUCUUCAUGAAGGACUUCCUUGAGACUUUGAGUCAUGAGCAGCCCUUGAUGACCGAGCGUUUGUUCGAAGCUCUUGCGGCAGGGACUGGGGACAACUAUACUUUGACCUUCCCUGAUUGGCUGUUGAACUUCACCAUGAGGGACUUGCACGAUCGCACAGGCCGAGAAAACCUGGAGAACGCGACCCAUGGCUUGCUGUUGACCCAAACCAUCAGCUACACGGACAAGAUGAAGAAACGCAGUUUGCCAGCCAGUUUUGAUUCCCGCGCUCAUUGGUCCGCCUGUAGUGAAGUCAUUGGUCGCAUCCACAACCAAGGCACUUGCGGCAGCUGCUGGGCGUUUGGCUCCUUGAGCGCGGUGGACAGUCGUCUUUGCAUCGCCACCGGUGGAAUCUUCAGUGGAGCUAAGGCCCAACUCAGUCGUGGCUUUGCCACGAGUUGCUCCAAGCCGGGUGGGGGAGAUGGCUGUUCUGGUGGUCUCUCCCGCUAUGUCUUCAACUACUUGGCAGCCAAUGGAAUCCCCACGGGUGGAGAUCAGGGAUGCUCGCCUUAUUUCGGACAUGGCCAAGGCACUGAGCAUUUCAGUGCCAGUAGCUCGGCGCCCGCAUGCCCAACAGCUUGUGGCAACAUGGCCUUCAGCAAAGCUUUGCACGCAGAUACUUUCAAGCUAGGACUGGAUCAGUUCAUUGAGAUCUACUCCUUGAAUCAUCCAAUUCCCAGCUUGGUAUACCAGUUGGCCAAGGAAGCCAUUAUGAGUGGUGGCCCCAUCCCAGCUGGUAUCAAUGCAGACUCAGGGUUCAUGAUGUAUUCUGGAGGUGUGUACACUCAUGACUGUGCCUCUGGUCCAAAUCAUGAGGUCACGGCCAUCGGCUGGGGCACAGAUCAUUGGAUCGUUUUGAAUUCCUGGGGUCCUGGCUGGGGCGAGUCUGGCAGUUUCCGUGUUGGAUGGUGUGUGCUUACAGACUUCACCAUCCCAAAGAACAGCUUGGCCGGCAGCAGUGCAGACUACGGCUUCCCCCUUGCAGGAAGCAGUCAAACGCCGGCUGACAGCUUGAACCCAUCUGAGGUGUAUCAGGCAGUGAUCGACCGUUGGGUAGCUACUUCACCUACCACCAAAGACAAGGGCUGCCAGUGCACAUCGUCCUGCGCAAACCAUGACAACGAUCCUGGUGGUGUGUGGUGCUUUACUGACACCGCUUGCCAAGGUACAAAUUGGGGAUACUGCUGGGGUCCCACAACAGGUGCACCAAGCCCAGCUCCGACCACCACAGCAACCACGACAUCAACAACCAGCACCACCACAACCACCACCACAACCACCACCACAACCACCACCACAACUACCACCACAACUACCACAACCACUACCACCACUACCACCACCACCACAACAACCACCACCACUGGGGGAUCUACUGCUGCGCACCCAUGGAAAGUCACCAGCGGCCCGUGCACCAUGGAUGCAUACGGCUGCAUCAUGAGCCCCAACUAUAACAAGGACGCAGCUACCAUGUACCCCAACCAUGAGGGUUGUGAUAUCAGUGUGGUCGACGCAGCCAAGAUGGAGGUGGAAGACUUCAACGUGGAAGGAGGCUACGACUUUUUGGUGGUGGAUGGCACCAAGUUCAGUGGUUCAUCCCAGCCACAGGGAGUGCAGCCCAAAACUGGGAUCAGUUGGUCCUCAGACUACUCUGUGACGAAGACUGGCUGGAAGAUUUGCCCCAAGGUAAUUCCCCCUCCGCCUGUGCCGAAUUCCAAGACCUCCAAAGGAUGCGACUGCAAGGCUUCAUGGUCCUACGGUGGUGUUUCUGCCAGUUUCUGUGACAACCCCGACAGUGAUCCACGUGGUGUGUGGUGUGCGGUGGUGGAUUCCUCUUGCCAAGGCUCAUGGUGGGGUUAUUGCUGAUCCAGACGUCCUCUGCGCAAAGCCGUGACACCAUAAAGAGCUGCGGGUCCACUUGGCAUGGUGGAAGUUCAUUGCUUGGAAAUUUUUGCUUGCUUGUGACAUCACAGGUUUCUGGCUUAACCACAAUUCCAUCAUAAACAGCAGCAGGCUGUGGAAGUCCAUGAAUUCCUUCCUCAAUUCGCAACAUAUCGGUUCACAGCUUCAGGACCUUUAAACAUUUUGAUGGACAAUCAGAUCUUGUUAAUUCCAACUUGCCCAUGACCAAU